AUGAGGCAUAUUUUGAAAUGCUCCAGUGCAGCUGUUUUUGCGCUCAGGCUGGUGUUGUUGAGUGCACAAAUGUUGAGCGACGAACUCGAACCCCCUUACGUGCUCCGCAUUGUCGCCUCGGAUGAAUCUAUCGACGGAUCAUUGGUUCUGACGGAUAACAGUGAUGGCAUAGGAUUGUACAUUGAUGGCGAUUCGAAAGUAUAUGGCUCUUCGCCGUGGAUCUUUUCCACCACUGGCCUUCUCAACGAGACUCAGCUCAUGAAUGCCACUACACAACUCAUCAUACUCGGUAUUCGUGGCCAUAUGUGGGAUAUCGAUCCGCUGACGAUGCAAAUGUAUGCUGUUGACAAAGCACAUGCGCAGACAGGAUAUUUGGGUACGCCUUGGCCCUCAGCAUACAACGCUGCGAAAUGGAAGUUUGAUGUUCAAAGAGACGACGAUGGAAGAUGGAUAAUGGGCAGCGGGAUUGGGCACGGAGAGUGGAUGGCAGAUCCGGAUCAGUAUCACCAGAAAAAUGAUACAUGGUCCAUACUUUGGUGGAACAGCACCACUUCUGGGCCAACAACCGAGAACUUGCCCGUUGCUAUUGAAAUUGUAUCCUUAUCUGACCUAGGCAAAGUCUAG